AUGGCCGUCUCCGACCACGCCAGCAACGCCGUCGCCUUCGCCCAGCGCCAGGUCGACCGCGUCAUUCCGCCCGAGACCCGGCAGACGGCGUACGACCGCACCAAGGCCUUUGCCGCCGCCCGUCCGCUGCUCUUUUCCUUCCUCGUCGCGCAGCUCACCCUCGCCUUCUUCCCGCUCGUGCUCUUCUCCUCCUUCGUGCUCAGCGUCGUCUCCUUCGUCCUCGUCGCCGGCCUGCUCUUCAGCCUCUUCUGGAUCGGCGUCGCCCUCGCCGUCCUCGCGCCCACCCUCGCCGUCGCCUGCGGCCUCGCCUCGCUGCUGUGGGCCUGGGCCGUCGGCUCCUUCGUCGUCGCCCGCUGGCUGUACAACCUGGUCCCCGUCGGCGUGCGCGGCGGCAUCGAGCUGGAGAAGCAGCCGAACGGCGGUGCCGGCACUGGCACGAAGCUGGUCGUGCGGAAGGACGAGGACGGUGUCAGGGCCGAGAAGGUCGAAGGUGGAGAGGUGGUGUGUUAA